AUGUCAAUGCCAUUUCCACCACCACCACCGGCGACAGUAAUACGGCCGCCGGAAACAGCAACGCACGGUUCUAUUGGUGCAGUCAUUGGUGUAUUAUCAGUCAUUCUCUUCUUAUGUAUUGUUGCAAUUAUCAUUGGAAGGCUUUGUUUUGGUAAGGGAAUCUUACACGGCUCUGCUCAUUAUGAUUUGGAAAGUUGGAUUGAAUCUAAAUGCUCUUCUUGUGUUGACGGCCGUCUUAUUCUCUCUCCUCCUCCGCCUCCGCCUCCUCCGCCGCCGCAAACAAUGCCUACGAAUGAGGGAAGGAGUGAGUUACCUGCAGAAAAUGUUGGUUCUGCUGGAAAUUAA